UUUUCACAUUUCAGUUCAUAUCUUUGACUUCAGUUCAUUCAGAAGCUCUGGGCUUUAUGAAGUUUGUGCUGGAAAAUCUGUUGGCCAAGGAAAGAAGCACGUGAACAGUUUUUGCAAUGAGUUGGUUAAUCAUUUUUUAUAUACCUCUUCUUGUAACGACGGUGUCAAUCACUGGGAACCCUGGAUGCUACUGUGACUCUCAAUCUGGGGAUUGUGACUUAGUUACACAUCAGUGCAACUUUACAGCACACGAUUUGCAGUUCUAUACCUGCAAUGUUGAGCUUUCUGUUCAAACCGGUGACAUACAACACUACUGUGUGACAGGAUCUUCAGGUUCUAAUUGUCAAUCUACACCUGAAGUGCUGAGAAAGUGCUGUGUCGGUGGGAGGGAGUGCAAUAAAUGCAUUCUCCCAGAUGAGAUCACGUACGACCAAUGCAAUGCUCUCGUUCUCCCCUCUGGUUGUGCCCCACUGAGCUGCGACCAACUCACACCUACUCUUCCCACUCGCAGCACUGAAUUAGAUACUUGGUGGAUGCCUAUGAUAUUUUUUCUGGCUGCUUUGGUAUUGGUAUCAACUGUAUUUGCUGUGCCGGUCUGUGUUUGCAUUCGACGUCGUCGUCGUCGUCGUAGGAAGGCCUACAAAGAUAAUGGGAUGUCCAGUGGCAGCAAAUAUUCAACCUCUAUAAUGCAAGAGAGAACAUUUGCCCAAGAUAUUGAAUUUGUCAAACCCAUAGUACCUAUAGCAUGUGGAGCGUUUGGUGCAGUGUUUAAAGCAUCUCGUUACGGAAGAGUGCUUGCUGUCAAGAAGUACAUUAACCCUGAUGACAAGACCUGUGAAAGGGAGAGAAGAAUUUACACAUCUGGUAUGAUCGCCCACUCCAACAUCGUCUCCUAUGUUUGCAGUGACAUACGCUACCAAAAACACAACUCCGGAAGAGAAUUAUGGCUCGUAAUGAAGUUUUAUGAACUAGGUUGCGUAGCCGAAUAUCUCAAGGAACACACCAUCUCCCCAAAUCAGAUGCUUAAAAUCCUCCAGAGUAUAGCAGAUGCACUUCAGUUCCUUCACCAGCCGUUCAAAUCUCACUACGGUAGAAACCACUGCGGUAUAGCGCACAGGGACCUCAAGACUCGAAACAUCCUUGUUGCUGACAACAGCGGUGCAUGUGUUGUUGGAGAUUUUGGACUUUCAGUAAUCGGAGAUGAUUUUGUUGAAGGUGCUGACCCAGUCAUUCAAGUGGGUACUAAACGACAUAUGGCCCCUGAGAUUCUCAAUAAGACUUUGUCAUAUGAGUUUGAGUCGUUUUGUCAGGCAGAUAUCUAUGCGUACGGUCUGGUCAUGUGGGAGGUGCUGCGUAGAGUGGAGAUAGAUGGAGUGGCCAGCGACUAUUCAGAGCCCUACAGCGAGUUUUUGCCAGCAAACCCUACCAUUGAGGAUGUAAAACGCGUUGUGGUGGACCAGCGGAGGAGACCUGAACUGGGAGAGAGGUGGAAGGGAAAUGAGGUUCACUGGCGUAUUCACCUGGCAAACCUCAUGGCUGAGAGUUGGUCUCCAUCCCCUGAUGCCAGACCAAGUGCUGCACGACUAGCAAUAUGCCUGAGGAAGAACAUAGUCUCCCAAGACUGAUUCUUAUUCAUCUCACAUUUAAUCUGGUUACUGAAGAACACAUUAAUCAUCCAGUUAAGAAAUUUUGGCUCAUUCAACUUUCCCCUUUCCUACAGUUCUCCCAAGACUGAUUCUUAGGUUAACUUUUGAAAUUACUGUUAUUCAUCUCAUAUUAACCUGGUUACUGAAGAACACAUUAAUCAUCCCGUUACAGAAAUUUCUGCUCGUUCAACUUUUUCCCUUUCCUAUAUAGCAGUUUAGAAUUUUUUAGCUGUUAACUUAAUUGCUAUUGUUUCCUACCGUAGAAACUGGAUUAUUAGUGAAUGCGCUCAUGGGGUCAAUAGCUCCAUACGCUUACGUUUGUGCAGUCAUUUUUGAGCCCC